AUGUAUUCCGUCUCCUGUACUUCCGCUAAUGACUACAACCUGCGGCUAGCCGGUGGUUCCGAAGAUCACUCUAAGGCGGCGACUUCGUGGAAGUCAAAAAUGAAAUUUGAUGAGCUUCUUUUCAGCAACUUGGGCGAAAUUGGAAAGUACCAGAAAAUCCAGUUUUUUCUCGUAUGCCUUCCAACAAUCGUCGUCUCGAUGCACGCGCUCAGUUGGACCCUGGCCGCCGUCCCGGUGCCUUAUCGAUGUGCUCUACCAUCAGAAACUCAAGACUCACCUUACUACUCGAACGAUUCUCGUCUAAAGUUAAUUGAAUGCAAAGCUUGGGAUGAUACUCCCGUUCCGUUGAAUGCAUCCAGAAGUCCUAAAGUCCAUUGCUACUACAAGGAGAAAUGCGAAAUCGGUGGCGAGACAUGCAGCAAACAUGUUUUCGAUAGAUCAAGAAUAACGUAUUCAGCGAUGGACCGCUGGGAUAUCGUUUGUGCUCGUGGUUCCAUCCGUGCCCACGUGCAGCUGUUUUACUACAUCGGUCAAGCAAUAGGAUCUUUUGUGUUUGGCAUGCUUGGAGACAGGAUUGGACGUAAGAAGGUUCUCAUACUUGCUAUAGCCACACAAGUGAUAUCCGGUUUACUCAGUGUGGCUGCUCCUACUUGGUGGCUAUUUGGAUUCCUGCGGCGAGUUUCAACAUAUCUAUAA